UCGAACAGUAAUCAGUGAUCUUUCAAGCAAAGCUUUGUCUACAAAAAAUACAUUACGCAAUUAUGUAAUACAUAAUUGCGUAAUGUAUACUAAUUUUAUUUCAAUUUAUUUUUUAUAAUAUGAGAAAUCAAAUAAAUAAUGAUAAAUGUAAAUAUAUCCUUUUGAGGUUAGAACCUUUCGAUUAUUAUUCAAAGUUUGUCUGCAAGUCAAUACAUGCUGAACACAUUCCAAAUUUUUAUAUAGAUGACAAAAUGCAGAAAUCUUUAUGUUUUCGAGAAAGACUUGAGGUAUUCCACAAAGAUAAUUCAUCAGAAAAACUAGAAUUAAUUGGCCAAUACUCUGUAUCAGUCGAAAGUAUUGGUACAAGAAACCAAGAAUUUUUAGUGCAUAUAUUCUUAUCGAUGACAGUUAAUAAUCAUCUAAUCGUGUCAAAACUGACCAGCUCAGCAACCAAAGAGCUCCACUGUUUACAAGAGAAGAAAUAUGAAUCUUCAGAACUAAAUAAUAAUUUGUGUGAAAAGAAUGGGUACAUAGGGAAUGCAGAUAAUGGCUAUUUCAUUAGAGUUACAGUAAAGUCUGAUGAAUAUAAGCAAUCAAAAACAAUAUGCCUGCCGUAUUGUAGUACAAUGUUUAUUAGCGAUGGUUGUAGCAUAGUAUUAAUGCGAUAUUUGGCUAUGACAGAUUUUUCUGGAAUUUUAAGCUUUGACAUGAUCACAAUAGAAGGAAACAUUGUCAAAUGUGACUAUGAGUGUUCUAGUAUGGAUUUGAACACUACAGAUAUAAAAACUUAUGAGAUUGUACAAAAAUUAUAUCUCAAUGAUGCAGUCAGUAGCAUAAUAAAAAAUAUUUUAUCAAAUCAAGGAAAUCUUUUGAGCAUAAAUUUCAUCAAUUCUCCAUACAUAAUAAAAAUAAAUCCUCAUGUUGAUCAUUGCGUACAUCAGCAAGAGCUAAUUAUAUUACCCUUGAGAUCGACAUGGAAAGAAGAUUUUGAGCUUAACUCACAACAUUUUGACAAAAAAGUUUUUGAAAAAGACAGAAAAAGAAAAUAUCUACUAUUACAUUCUGAAAUAAAUGAGCUUUUAAGUGAUUAUAUUCAAAGUUUACUCUGUACAAAACCAGAUGAUGUUCUAAAAUUUACAAUAGAUCAUUUUCAAAUAUUAACUUCCGAUCAAAAUGGGAAAAUUUGAAAGUUUUUGUACUUAAGUGAAGUAUCUUUUUGUGGAUUACAUAUGACACAUGUUUCCUAUAACAAGAAUAAUAACUUUCUUAAAAAAUCAAACAGUUUUAAUCUUUUGCUUAAUCAAUAAUUUAUAAUAAGGAAAUCAUCAAAAUUUGUACAAUU